AUGUCAAUCAAGAUACACAAAGAUGAGAGUAAGCGGGUGCACGUGUGGAUAAGGAGUGCCAUCGGCACUCCCAACAGGAGGCAAUACAAGCAUAAAAAUAUUAUGUAUCCCUAUUUUCGCAUGUACAAGUCACCAUACAGAGCGCGCGAUUCGCGGACUCGACAGGCAUUCUGGCCAUGUGUUGACAAGUACCCAUGGCACACUCAUCAAAAAAGGUGGGUAAAACCAGAAGAACUAAAUGUAAAAUUCUUUUCCGAGUUUGUUAAUAAGCCGCCAGACAAGAAAAACUUAUUUGAGACGUGCCACACCCUGCCCUUUAAUGGAGUCAACUGUCUUUUUUGGAACCCAAUUUAUUUAAAUAGUUAUAAAUAUUCUGCCAAAUGUAGCAAAGACAAGAAGACGGAUGAAGAGGACACAGGGGACGAGGAGAUGAAUAAGAAGAACGAUGUGGACGGUGGGGAACACCCUGUCGAGGCGUCGACGCCCAUGGGCGACUAUGCAAACAGAAAAGUGAUAAGGAUAAACAACUUUUACUACAUUGUGCAUAGCCAGGCCAAAAAAAACCUUUAUUUUUACCUCAAGUGUAUCCGCUACAGCAUGAGGCCCUUCAGAGGAAAAAUAAUAGGAGACCUCUACAUGAACGAAAGAAAGAUACGAAGCAACAUCUCCACAAAUGGGAUAAUAAAUGGCGAGUGGAAAUAUUCCUUUCCUCAUGUUAAGAUAUGUGAAAAGUGUUCCGACGCCAUGCUAGAUGAUACUGUGGCGGAGGAAGAACCCGAGGGGGAAAUACUUGACCAGUUGGUUAUAGCUGAUAAGUAUACCUACCGCCCUCCCCUGCCCAAGUGUUUUAGCGGGCCGUCAUAA